AUGGAUUGGAUUAUAUCAGAUGAGUUGGGUUUGACCGUUGGUCACCUAGUUGGCUGGGGUGCAGCCGGUGCUAUGAUUAUUGGAGGUGUAGCACCCUAUAUUCCACAAUAUAGACAAAUCAAGCGAACUCAAGAUGCAGAAGGAUUUUCUCUUUAUGUUUGUUUAACGCUUUUAAUAGCCAACACAUUGCGAAUUCUAUUUUGGUUUGGAAAACGUUAUGAAAUUCCUUUAUUGAUACAGAGUAUAGUGAUGAAUAUUACAAUGUUUGUCAUGAUCCAUCUCUGUGUCAAUGUCCGUAAAAAAAAUCAAAUUGUCAGAGCAAGAGAGAGAAUAUUUACAGCUCAGCCAGAUGAAACGGCGCGCUGGUUGGAUCAACGUAGCAGCAUUACGGGAAGGGAGAAGCCGCACCGCUUCUAUGAUAUGGACCGUAAAUAUUUCUGGGCGUGGACUGACUUCCAAAGCUACCUAGACUGUAUGCUAGUGUUCUCUGUACUUGGUGCAGCAAUCACAUACCUACUAAUAGAGGUUUCCCCCUUUGUGGAACUCAUCGGCUUCCUCGCCAUGUUCACUGAAGCAAUGCUUGGGGCACCACAGCUAGUCAAAAAUUGUCGGAAUAAAAGUACAGAAGGGAUGAGUGUUUGUAUGGUGAUAAUGUGGACAUUCGGUGACAUGUUCAAGACUGCAUAUUUUGUAAUAAGAGAAGCACCAACACAAUUCUGGGUGUGUGGCAGCCUUCAAGUCUCCUUAGAUAUCAUUAUCCUAUUCCAAGUGUGGUUGUACCGACGAAAUACCGCAGCGGCGCGACGAUUGCAUCGAGGGGAUUAG